CUUAAUAGGGUUAUAAAGAAGAAGAUAAAAGAGAUAGGUAGGGUAAUAGAACAAGAGGGAGAACGUGCUCUAUUUGAAGCAGAUCUGGAUCAGCUGUCCUCAUAUCAGUUUACUACUCAAUUAUAACAACACCCAAGUCACAACACAGCUAGACUUCAAAAUUAACAGGAGAGAGAAAAACAAAGUCAUCAUCUUUAAGAGAUAGAAAGAGAGAGGAUCAAACACAAAAUCAUCUUUGAGAGUGAGAGCUCAAAAACACUAGUACUACUAUACUAAAUACUCUCACUCUCCAAUCCAACUCAAAAACAACCCCAACAAAAUAUAAACCCACAAAAAUUAAUUCAUGGGUUUUCAUGCUGCUAAAAUUUCUGCUACAAAAAAAGAAGGCGGUGGUUUAGCUAACUUUUUAUAGUAAACUCUUGCUCAUUACCAUAGUCAUGCUGAUGCACCAACUCAUUCUAUUUAUCGAUUUUGAGUGUAUAAUUAAAGACUACUCAUAAUUUCAUUUCAUGGGGAACAAGAGAAAAAUACAGUAGGAGUGAAUUAAGCUAGAUUCAAUUGAAGCUUUUGCUAAAUUUGGUAGUUGGGGUGUUUUGAGUAUUUUACAAAAGAAAAAGUGAAAAAUUGGUGGGAAAAAAAAUGGAUCCAUAUGAAGCAACAAAAGUAGUAUUUUCAAGAGUACAAAGUUUGGAUCCAGAAAAUGCUUCAAAAAUAAUGGGUGUUUUACUUAUUCAAGAUCAUGGUGAAAAAGAAAUGAUUAGGUUGGCGUUUGGACCGGAGAAUCUACUUCACUCUGUAGUUGUUAAAGCUAGGCAAGAAUUGGGUAUUCCCCCAAACACGCCCUCUACUCCUCCUACUCCAUCUUCAAAUAAUAAUAACACUACUACCAAUAAUAAUAAUAAUAAUAAUAACAAUAACUUUUCAAGGCAAAAUUCCACAUCUUCUUCUAGAUUUGUUCCUAGUGGUAUAAAGAUUCCUACCUCUCUUACUCUACCAACACUUGCUAGUCCUUCCUCUACUUCUUCUCAUUCUCAUUCUUGGGGAGCUUCAGUUUUCUCUGAUUUAUAUCAAAAUCAAGACGAUUUAAUGAGUCCUAUAUCGUCGUCUGCUAAUUAUGGGAACAACCUAAACUCAACCAUUACAUCUUCGACUUUGAACCCGUCUACUCCGCCUUUCUACGCUACUACUACCCGUCGUGGCGGGAAUAUAAGUGUUCCAGGAGGUGAAUUCUUGAUGGAUGAUGUUCAGUUGCAAGAGCAGUUGUCAUUUUUGAAUGAUCAUUCUCCUACUCUUCGGCCAAAGAGUACAGACCUGUAUUUUAAUCCACAGGCUGAGCUUGAGUUAGGUGGUAGCGUUGCCGACUUCGCUCAUGGAGUCGGCAACGCUGGGUCCUCCGCCUGGGGGGUCAAUGGACUAGCCCACAGGCGGAGUUGUUCAGUUAGUGAUAUUAACUUGGGGUCGUUGUUGGAUGACCCGGGUUCUGGGUUAGGAUGGAAACCAUGUCUAUACUAUGCUAGAGGUUUUUGUAAGAAUGGUUCUAGCUGUAGAUUUGUCCAUGGUAGUGGGAUGCUAAGCGAUUCUGAUUCAGCCGCGGCUGCUGCUUUAGUUGGGUCUCCUUCCAAGAUGGAGAUGAUGGAACAUUGUCAUGAGCUUUUAAGAUCUAAAUCCAUGCAGCAACAUAAGCUCAUUGCUGCUGCCAUUGCUUCAGCUUCUUCUUCGACUUCGGCUUCUGCUUCUUUCCCUUACUCCAUGAACAAGGGAUUAAGCUUAUUUGCUCAACAGCAACAAAAUGAUUCACCAAGAGCGGCUGCUGCAGCAGCGGCUUUGAUGAUGGGAGAAGAUUUUCACAAGUUUAGUAGAUCCCCGAGGGGGCUUGAAAAUGGCCGGGGUGAUUCGAGUCCGGCUUCGAGACAGAUCUACUUGACUUUCCCAGCUGAUAGUACAUUUAGAGAAGAGGAUGUUUCCAAUUAUUUCAGCAUCUAUGGGCCAGUGCAAGAUGUGAGAAUACCAUAUCAGCAAAAACGCAUGUUUGGAUUUGUGACCUUUGUUUAUCCGGAGACUGUCAAGAUCAUACUAGCUAAGGGUAAUCCUCAUUUUGUUUGCGAUGCUCGAGUUUUAGUGAAACCUUAUAAAGAGAAGGGUAAAGUCCCAGAUAAAUUCAGGAAACAACAGCAGCAACAGAUGGAAAGAGGGGAGUUCUCUGCAUGUAAUUCUCCCACUGCCAUUGAUUCUAGAGACCCUUUUGAUCUCCCACUUGGGGCAAGAAUGAUGUAUGAUACACAAUACAUAUUGUGGAGGAGGAAGCUGGAGGAGCAAGCUGAUUUGCAGCAAGCUUUGGAACUGCAAAGCCGGAGGCUAAUGGGCUUGCAACUCCUUGAUGUGAAGCGAAGUCAUCACCACCGUUCGCUCUCCACAGGGGCUCCGCCCAUACAUUCGCCGACACAAUCUCCGAAUAGCAUAUUCAAUCAAGCCCUCCUCAGCUCCGACCGGAGCAGUCCAGAUGCUUCAGAUGAAAACUGUGGUAGCCCUCCACUUAAUGAGGCCAAACAAGCAUUGCAGCAGGCUAUAAAUGAGGCAACUGACAGAGAAAAAGAAGGUUCAGUUGGUGGGGAGGAUAAUAGCAACAAUGGCAAUGCCAAGGAGAAUCCCUGUCAUGAAGAUAACAAUAUCAGUUUACCUGAAAGCUUGGAGCACAAUCUCCCGGAUAGUCCCUUCGCUUCCCCUAAAAAAGGAGGGAGUGAGUACAUGACCACCUUUGCGGGUAACACUGCUGGGGGUAGCAGCGGAGUGGAGGCGUUGUCGAAUCUAGCUGCAAAUAAUACCUCCAAAGCUUCCUCUUUCCAUCCUGGUACAACUGCAUUGGACAUGGCUCCUUUCAAGUCAUCAUGCUACUUCCAAAUGCCUAGGUUUUCCCCUGGUCAUGGUGCUAUUGGUAUGUAGGUUGCGGCUAAAAGGCGAGGUUUUGGCUUAUUAAUCAUUAAUCUAGGGAAAGAUUGGGAAGUGUCACCAAGCCCAUCAGCCAAAGUCUUGUUUAAGGGAAGAAAAUGAAAUAAAAUAAAACAAAGUUACAUAAAAAAAAAAAAA